AUGAUAUUUGGAACUGAGCUGGCAUAUUUCAGAAGACAAGGUUCUAAUACAACUAAUUCUAUAAAGAAUCUGAAAAUCAAAGAAGAAAUGCAAUGGGAAGAUUCAUAUGAUUUUAUGAAUCUAGAUAUAGAUAAUAUGAAUAUUCUUUCUAGUAAUGAUAUGAUAAAAGCUUUCAAACAAUUACAGGAAAAAAUUAUUAAAAUUCAAGAAGAUGUAUUAUUAUUUUUCAGUUUUAAAACUAGAGCUAAAGGAUUGCCUAAUCUCAAUGCUACAAUAAAAUUUAUUAAUGCAAUACUAG